CUCUCUCUCUCUAUCCCUGAUAUCUCAUUCUCUCUCUCUCUAGAAAUUGUUCUUCAUAGUUCUUCAUUUGAUAUUGAUUAACAUGGUAUCAUCGCCAUUACCGCUCACGCAGAUUCUUCGAUCCGGCUUCUUGCUUCUGCUAUCUCUGUCUUCGAUUUGAUCUUCGGCUCCCUCUGAUCUCUCUGUUUCUUGCUUCUUCACGAUUUCUGUGUCUUCUCGACUAUUCAUAAUUUCUAGGGUUUGUUGAUUCGAUCUCGAAGUGUGAUUGUUUCUUCUUCUCUUCUCUUGGCAUUGUGUCGCUCUGGUGUUUGUGCUCAGUUCUCAGUGAAUUGCUUAGUUCUGUACUGCAACAAUGGUGACUGCUGCACAACUUCAGAUUUUGCAAUCUCCGAUCACGGCUCUUAUUUCUACGAUUUCGACGUCUGUGAACGUGAAAUUGGACGACUCGAACUACCUAAAUUGGCAUUUUCAAAUGCAAUUGUUGCUGGAGAGCAAUGGAAUCAUCGGAUUUGUUGAUGGAUCUCAUCCUUGCCCUCCUACUAUUGCCUCUGGUGAAUCUGGUAUAAAUUCUUCUGACUCAUCCUCUGCUGCUGAUUGUGAUACUGUGUUGAUAUGGAAAAUGCAUGAUAGGGCUGUUAUGCAACUUCUUACUGUCACCUUGUCUCCGGUGGCUAUGUCUUGUGCGAUUGGUAGUACUAGCUCUAGAGAUCUUUGGAUUCGUUUAAAGGAACACUUUUCCACUGUGUCAAGGACAAGCAUUUUCCAAAUGAAGUCUAAUUUGCAUAAUAUCCGAAAAGGAUCUGAUGCUAUAAGUCAAUAUCUUCUGAAAAUAAAAGAGGCUAGAGAUUAUUUGGCAGCUGCGGGGGUAUAUUUUGCUGAUGAAGAUAUUGUGAUUCUAGCUUUGAAUGGCCUCCCUCCUGAAUAUAAUACUUUUCGAUGUGUGGUUCGGGGUAGAGAAAGUGUUAUUACUCUGAAAGAGUUUAGCUCUCAAUUACUUGCUGAAGAGCGUAUUGUGGAGAACCUCACUGUUGCCCCCAUCAUAUCUUACUGCUAUGGCUGCAACUUCUAGACCUCCUGUCUCAUCUGCGCCACCUUUUCAGCAGUCUAAUGGUGCUCAUGGACAGUCCUCGUAUGUUCCUGGCGGCUAUAAAAAUUUUCAUAGAAACAAGGGAAAGGGCAAGUUUAAUCAAGGUCAGCGACCGUUUAAUCCAAGACCACAGUUUUAUACUCAAACCCAUGUGUUGCCCACACCAACUCCAGGUGUUCUUGGUCAAUUUCCCACUUCUCAGUAUCCAUCUCCAUCAGUUCCACUUGUUCCUACUUGUCAAUUAUGCAACAGUGAAGGUCACACUGCUCCAUUCUGUGGAUCUAAUCCUCCUGAGAGGUCUAAGUGUCAUAUUUGUGGUAAAACAAAUCACACCACAUGGUACUGCUUUUAUAAUGAUAACGGUCCGAACUUUAUUGGUGCUGGAAGUUAUUCCCAGGUUCCUCAGAUGUCUUCUUCAUCCCUUGGAUAUUCUUCAGCUCAGUCUCAUCACUCUCAACAAUCCCCAAUGCAAGCUAUGCAUACUGUUAUGCAACCAUCUCUGCCAUCCUCCUCUCAGAGUCUACCUCAAGUAUGGCUUACUGAUUCUGGGGCAACCAAUCACAUGACUGCAGACUUAUCCACUUUAUCUUUGGCUACACCUUAUCCCACAAAUGAAACAGUUCAAACUGCUAAUGGUGAAGGACAAAGCCACAGGGAGGAUUCUUUACAAAGGGCUGUGCAGUAAUGGACUAUACCCCAUUUCUCUUGCAUCUUCUCAUUCUGUUCUCCCAACCACUAAACCUCAACCUCGAGCAUAUCUUGGUCAGCUCGUCUUCUCUUCUACUUGGCAUCAUAGACUAGGUCAUCCUACAAAUCAAAUUGUUACAUUGAUGUUACAAAAAGCACAUGUUCAAUGUAACCCAGUUUCUUCAGCUGUCAUGUGUCAUAGUUGUCUUCAGGGCAAGUUUUGUAAACUUCCCUUUUCCCACAGUGUCCACAGGUCUGUCACACCUUUUCAUAUCAUCCAUAGUGACCUUUGGGGUCCCUCUCCUUGUGUUUCCGUUGAUGGAUAUAGGUAUUAUGUGAUUUUUGUGGAUGAAUGUACAAGGCAUUGUUGGCUUUUUCCCCUAAUCAAUAAAAGUGACUUGUAUUCUGUAUUUGUUACCUUCUACAACUAUGUUCAAACUCAGUUUUCAGCUUCCAUUCAGAUUCUUCAGAGUGAUGGGGGGGAGA